UCUCGCUCACUAGGACCGGAAUUCGGUGGUUCAAUCGGUUUGAUCUUCUCUGUAGCAAAUGCAGUGGGUGCAGCUAUGUACAUUGUUGGAUUUGCUGAAACUGUACGAGAUCUCCUAAGGGAAGCGAGCAUGAAGAUCAUUGAUGCAGGCAUGUGGGACGUACGGAUAGUUGGAUUCGUGACGUGCAUAGUUCUGAUGGGUAUCGUUUUCAUCGGAACGGCAUUCGAAUCCAAAAUGCAGAUGGGUUUACUAGUAAUAUUGGUGGCUUCGAUCAUUGAUUAUAUGAUUGGCUCCUUCCUACCGAUAAACGAAGAGAUGGAAUUACGAGGAGCUACAGGAUACAAUCUCCCGACCUUGAUAGAAAACUUCUUGCCAUCUUUUCGUGGUGAAGAUUUCUUCUCAGUAUUUGCCGUCUACUUCCCUGCAGCUACAGGAAUCAUGGCUGGUGCUAACAUAAGUGGCGAUUUGGCAGAUCCUCAGCGUGCUAUUCCGAUAGGAACACUUCUCGCCAUAGGUGUUACGACAGUCAUUUAUCUUGCGACAGUUUGGAUGACAGGAUCGACAUGUGUCAGUCUCUUCUCUCGCUUUGAAGAUCAUAUUCUCAAGAAUGAUGAGAAUGAUGAGUGUGAUAGCGCCUUAUUUUGGCGCAGAAAUAAAUAA